AUGAACGACAACAAUUCAGAAGAACCGUCUGUAGUUAACAGCAAUUUGUGCCUUAUUUGCCAGACAAAGAGAGGUAAAGAUGAUCAAGAACAUCUUUCGAAGUUGUCCAGUCAGGGUGCAACCAGGCUGGUUGAAUGUGCCGAACAACGCAAAACAGCCCACGAUUAUCAAUUCAGUGGUGCUAUACUCAGAAUUUUACAAAAUAUACGGGGUCCCGCAUGUGAAAAUAACUUUGUGACUCAUAACAAUUGUUAUGCAACAUUUACUGCAAGAAGAAAUAUCGAAACGCUCCAACAGAAAAACAAUUCAAAUAUGGACAAGGCGGCCAAAACAGGUGCUACGCCUCAGAAAGUAACAAGAUCUGAAUCCUUGGAAUUUGAUAAACUCAAAUGUAUAGUGUGCCAGCAAGAAUCUAAAGAGCAUCUACGCCUAGUGAUGUCAACAAAUAUGCACAUGAAGCUAACAGAGCUUUCCAAAUUUGACUACCAGCUGAAUAUUAAAGUGAAUGCAGUUGGUGAUUUGAUUGCCGCAGAUGCCAUGUAUCAUAGCACGUGUCGUGUCAGGCUUGGCAGAGUAAAAGAUGCGAUGGAUGCGGCGACAAAAAAUGAGGACCGGAGAAACAUGCUACCAUUCUGGCAACUUUGCAAGGAAUUUCGAGUUGCUGCUUCUCUCGAAAAGAUAUUGAAAUUGGACGAUGUAUGGCAGAGGUACGUCAAUCUAGCAAAGGGCUUAGACGUUGACAUCCCAGUUUCAUUUGAGUCCCGGCGAAGUGUUUUUAAAACUAAGCUGGAAGAGGAAUUGGGAGGAAUUUACCAGUUUUUCCAACCUUUAAACAGAGACGUACACGAGAUACAAAUGUUGCUCAUUCCCGUACCAGUAGGUAAAAAGGCAGCUACUGAAAACUCCUCGAACGUGGAUGAUGACUUUGAUUUACCUUCGCACGAGCCUGAUGAUUUUCUCCGUACUAUCGUACACUGUGCUCUUGUCCUCUUACAAGGUGAAGAGGUUUUAGAUUCGAUAGGUGAUGUGGCAGACGCCGAGGACAGGGACGAAGCCGGAAUCACUGAAGCAGAAAGAAGUGGGUUAAAAAACGCUGCCCUUUCUAUAGCACAGGAUAUUGUGUAUGCUGUGAGUAAAAGAAAAAAACUUACCCCCAAACACAUCAAUCUGGGCCUAACUUUACAUCAUGCUACACGGAGUAAACAAUUAGUGAACCUAUUCCAUGCUGCUGGACAUAUUAUCAGCUACCGCAAUGUCCUACAAGCCGACACAACUUUGGCAACUGUCACACUGCAGAAGUUUGACAAAGAAACUGGAGCAGUGACUCCACCAAAUUUUAAACAUAUGUCAGAAUUCGGAGGUAAUACUGUUCCGGUCCCCCAUGUUGCGGCAGACAAUAUUAACCUUAUGCUUGACAGUCUUGAUGGGAAGAAAGUUUUCAAUGUGACGCAAAUGGUUGCUUUUCAACGAAAGGCUGAGCAAACUACUAAGGUUCUCAGCACUAUGACAUUAUCGAAGUCCACAACCUUACAAGUACCACCUGAAUUGAACGAGUUGUGUAGUGUUGGAACGUUCGCCAGACCAGAGCCACACUUUUUGCAUCCCGUGGACGUUGCAUCAUUCACUACUAACGAUCCUUUGGACUUCACUAAAAUGAGUAAUCAUGUGCUCAAGUCCAGAACAGAGGAUAUAACUUUUUUGGUAUCUAGAAUGGAAGCAGACAAAAAAGUUGGAUGGACAGAGUUCAACAAAAAGCAAACGUUUGUUGAACGAGAACCCUCUGCUGUUGGUUUCAUGCCAAUUAUUUUGAAUCCAGCCCAUGAAAUAGAAACUCUCACCACUGUUCUCCAAGGAUGUAUUGCUCUUGGAAAUAGUCUAGGCUACAAGUAUAUUAGUCUUACUGCAGACCAGCAACUCUAUUGCAAGUUGUUAGAAUGGAGUUCACCAGAAUUCAAAGAACGGUUCAUACUGAGAAUGGGUGGCCUCCAUAUAGCCAUGAACUUUCUCCACACAAUAGGGCAGCAUAUGGCUGGUAGUGGCCUUUCAGAAAUUUGGUUGGAAAGCGGAAUUCUCGCUGAGGGGUCAGCUACAAAAGUGCUAGAAGGUAAGGCCUAUGCAAAGGCUAUGCGAGCACACAAACUGACUUUGCAGGCGUUGUGGCGAAUACUUUAUCCCCAAAUUCUUGCUAACCUCGAGGACCACCACUUUGAAGAUGAAGAAGAGUUGGAACUUAUUUUUGAUAACCCAGAAUAUCUUCGAGAUUACCUGCAGUCUUCCGAAGUUCUUUCCCACAUAACCGACUUCUUGAAGCAGCGUUGCGAAGAAGACAAGAAUUUUGCACUUUGGUGGAGUUAUAUGGACAUGGUCUUCAUCCUUCUUAUGUUAUGUGAAUUCGGAGUUGCUAUGUCCAGUCAGAAGUUCUCACAAGUUGAUCCCGACCACGCUCAGGAAUGGCUUGUUGGCACAUGCAAAGAUGUUUCUGGCGGUAUUGUAGGGAUAACUGAAGAUGUGCGAACUUUGCAGCGUUUGGCUUUGUCUCUGCAUUGGCGAAGUGAGAUUGCUGCAAACACCUACGCCUCAUAUGGCAUACAGAGAAAGGACACUUUUAAGGAAGAAGGAAAUUCCCGUCGCACGAGAGAUAUUUCUGAUGAAGAUGCUUUACUACGUAUAAUGGAAACAAUGGAGCUGCUGCCUCCUGAAGUAUCCGAAGUUGUAUGUAACAUCGCUACGAAAGAUAGAGGCACAAAAAAAUCGGCCGCGGGUUGCACAGAAAUGAAGAAGGAUGGCCGAGACUUUCUCCACACUCUUGUAGUAGCUUUUGAUGCAGGUAGAGAAGUAGACUUGAAUUCUAUUCUGAGACAUGAGCUGUGCAAUGUCCCUAUAUCGUUGGCUCUUAUGAAUGGCGACUUAAGACCAGCUGAAAAGGCCUCCAUUGUGAAGGAAAUAACUAAAAAUAUAGACUGCCCGAGUUCAAUAGCAAUCAACAAAAAUUCUGCUUGUCUUAUAAUAGAUGGGAUGGCAUUCGUUCAAGCACUGGUGAGAACACUCACAGGGAAAUACUUCAGUGAUAUUGCAGGUGCUUUCAACAAGAGAAUUGAAGCCUACAGUUUCCAGUAUAAUGAAGUUCACGUGGUAUUUGAUCGAUACCGCUAUCUUUCUGUGAAGGCAGAUACAAGAAAACACAACGGAAAGGGUUUUGCUCCUGUACGAAGAGUAAUCAAAAACGAGGGAGUUCCCUUACCUAAGGAUUGGAGCAGCUUCGUCGCCCUGUCAGGAAACAAGGCCGACCUCGCGCGCUUCCUGAGCGAAGAAGCCAUGAAGUAUGACUUUGGCAGCAUGGAAUGUGUACCAUUCAUUGUUAACAUAGUGUUGAUCGACAUGGGCCCUAAACGAGACACAAAAACCGGCAAUACCGAUAACUCGACGGAUGUUGAGGUUAUCAACCAAAAAGUUAGUCGAAUGGAGUCUGAUUUCACAAGUAAGCUUGCUGAAUUCAAGAAAUCAUUCAGAAAGCACUUGGACAGUACUAGUGAUUCCGCGCUUGACGAGCUGUGGAAAAAAGUCGAGGAAUUUGAAAAAGACGUGAAAACUACUAUUUCUCAGUUUAAAACAGAUAUCAACACCAAAUUUCGUCAGAUGGAGGCCACUGUUGAUAACCACUUGCAGAAAUCAAAUAAUAAAUCUUUAAUUGUGCAUGGUAUUCCAGAAAACGACAAUAAUGGCAGUGUCUUAGUAAUCGUGAUGGAAUUAUUACAAUCUAAAUUCAAGAUUCAUGUUGAAAAAAGGGACUUCUCAGAUUGUUAUCGGCUUGGUAAAAAGUCGAUUGAUCGCAAAAAACCUCGACCUAUUGCUGUUCAAUUUGUAAACAAGUGGAAGAGAGAUGAAGUAUAUUUCAAGAAGCGCAUGUUAAAAGGAUCUCAGCUGUUCGUGACAGAGCUCCUUACUAAGCCGCGCUUGCAAUUACUACAAGACUGUCAGAGAUUGGGGGAACGCGCAUUCAGCUUGAAUGGCAAUAUUUUCGUUCAACAGGACGACGAAAAGCAACUCAUUCGAAGUACGGAAGACCUUCGCAGAAGAACAUAG